UCACCGCCGCAGCCUCCAUCUGCUUCCCUCCCUUCGAACGGAGACUUGAAUCGGACGAGCGGGAAGUUUGGGUCGGAUUUAGAGGAUUUACGGCGCCGCGGAGACUCUUGGCACUUGUUUGCGACGCGCUCGGGGCGGCUCAGAGUGUCUGUCCCCCAGCCCCCCCUCCCAGUGUCGGUUACUGCUGAUCAACAUGGUGGCCUGCUGCUGAGCAGCUCCAUCAGCAGCUCGGUCCGUAUUCGGCGCGAGGCACCGCUGACGGCUCGUCGUCCCGGGGCGGGUUUUUUAUAUCUGAUUGUUUGUUGGUUUCAGCGGGACAAACGGCGGUUUUUGUGGCCGUUCAGAGAGCGGGUUCUGUGAACUGUGGAUAAUUGGAGUUAAACUGAACAAAGUUCCCAAGAGACCGCGUGAAAGUUUCCCCAACAAGUUUGGAAACACUGGAAAAUCCUUCUUUUUCUUUUCCUCCUUUAACACGGAUGCUGAUAAUUUGGCCAACAAGUGCAGCCGCCUCCUUGGAUCAGACCCAUCCCCUCAAAUCCUCAUUUCUGAGGUUCUCUUCCUGAACAAUCUUUGGAUUAUUAUUCUGGAUUAUGGCCUAAUCCAACCCGCAGCAGGCUUGCUGAUUCGUGGAGAAAAUACUGGAUUUUUGUGUUGAUAAUGUCAGAGAAACGAGAUGGUCUCCCUUCGUUAUGAUUCUGCCUAGAGAGGAGUUUAUUACAUGGAGACUCGCCUGACAUGCCGAGGAAGGAGUUGCCACUACCACACGGUUGGGAGGAAGCCAGAGACUUUGAUGGGAAAGUUUACUACAUCGACCAUAUUAACCAGUGCACCAGCUGGAUCGACCCUAGAGACAGGCAGACCAAGCCCCUGUCAUUCGCCGACUGCAUCGGAGAUGAGCUGCCCGUGGGCUGGGAGGAGGCGUACGACCCCGUCGUUGGAUCGUACUAUGUCGACCACAACACCAAGAGGACCCAGCUGGAGGACCCGCGGGCCCAGUGGCAGCGGGAGCAGGAGUCCAUGCUGCGGGACUACCUGGCUGUGGCCGGGGACGCGCUCAGCGCGCAGAAGGAGAUCUACCAGGUGAAGGAGCAGAGGCUGCGGCUGGCGCAGCAGGAGUACCAGCAGCUCAACGAUACCUGGAGGGACAAGUCCAAGUCGCAGACGAGCUUAAAUUCCAGGUCAUCCUCUACCAGCAAAUAUGACCCAGAAAUCCUCAAAGCAGAUAUCGCCACAGCCAAAAGUCGAGUGAACAAGCUGAAGCGGGACCUGGCCUGCAUGAAGCAGGAGCUGCAGUACAAAGAGCAAGGCUACGCCACGCUCAGAGAGAUCAACCAGAAAGUGUCCAACAGCCCAUACGGCUACAAGCCGCAGGACGCACAGGCUAUCCUUAACGAGGUCCGCUCCAUUCGAGACGCCAUCAGCUCCGGGGAGAAGGAGAAGCAAGAGCUCAUGCAGAAAUUGGCCAUUUUAAAAGAUGGAUUCCAGCUGGACUCGAGCUCCCAGCAGGAACUGUGGGGCAGCAGUCCUUCGCUCGCCAACUCGGAAACGUCCCUCCCUCGCCUCUACUCUGACGUCGGAUCACAGACGGACCUCCCAGCUGAGUUCACCACCAGCACCAACAAACUGGCAGAGAAAGUUCGUCUCAGUCUGAAGUACGAGGAGGCCAAGAGAAGGAUCGCCAACAUCGAGGUGCAGAUUGCCAAUCUGGACAGCGAGGCUUGGCCUGGGCUGCUGGACCCAGAGCGCGACCGGCUCAUCCUCAUCAACGAGAAGGAGGAGCUGUUAAAGGAGCUGCAGUACGUCACCCCCCGACAGCGGCUGGAGCCCAACGACGCCGAGAAGCUGGAGACUGAGAAGAAGCGCCUGGAGAGAGACCUGCAGGCUGCCAGAGACAACCAGAGCAAAGCGCUGACUGAGAGGCUGCGACUCCACUGUAAGAGGAGCGAGCUGGUUCGAGAGCUGGAGGAGACGGUCCGACUGGCCUCGUCGCUGCAGAUGCAGCUGAAAAGCCUCUCUGCCAGCACGCUCUCCUGCUCCUCUGGCAGCAGUCUAGGCUCCCUGGCGUCCAGCCGCGGCUCUCUGGCCACCACCUCCAGCAUGGGCUCCACCUCCUCCCUUAGCUUCACCGACAUCUACCUGGAGCAGCCCGAGCUGGCUGACCCGGACCUCCGCAUCAAGCUGGACAGUCUCCUGCAGGAAGGCGGCCAGGUGGGCUAUCGCCCCUCCAGCUCCAUCACCACCAUCCACGAACACGAGGUGGUGACGGGCUGCAGGCAAAGGCAAACGGGAAGGUCAGAGGGGAACGCUGCGGCGCCGGCGGGAGGGGAGUCCUCCAGGGUUCAGGCCCUCAGACUGUCUGAAACUCCUCGUUCCAUGAACUCUUUAUCACCGCGCUCGUCUCUGUCCUCGCUGUCCCCGCCGUGCUCGCCGUUAGUUUCGGAAACCACUUUCCUGUCAGGGGAGACGGGGCCCGGCGGGCUGGGGCUGGACCUGGAGCUGCGUAACAGGCUAGCAGAGCUGGAGCUGGAGCCUGACGAGCAGCGGAGGGAGCAGCUGGAGGAGAAGCAGAGCCUGGGCAACGUCCUCGGAGAGGAUAGCAGAGGGGCCCAAUUUCGAGGGGCGGGGCCAAAGAAGAUAGGUGUGACAUCAGCGGUCUCAGAUGAAUCGGUAGCUGGUGAUAGCGGAGUGUAUGAACCAUCGGAACGCAAGCCGGGUAUGUCUGCAGAACUCCUCCUGAGCUCCUAUGAAGACAGGUCCGCAUCAGGCUGCUCCCAGGUCCAGCUCGGCUUCCGUUACGAGUCCAGAGAGCAACGCUUCACCAUUUAUAUCAUGCAGCUGUCCAACUGCAGCGCCCUCUGUCUGCCGGCUGACCAGAAUAUGUAUGUUCGCCUGGCAGUACUGCCGUCCGUUCGAGCCACCCGCUGCCUCUUCAGAACACGAGGUCUGCACCCCCAGGAUGUCGUGGUGAUCAACGAGGUGUUUGGCCUGCAGAUGUCCCACAGCGCACUGCGUCAGAAGACCCUGCGGGUCGACAUCUGUAACACCAGCAAGUCGGGCCAUGAGGAGUGUCUGGCCGGGUCCCAAAUCAGCCUGGCUGAUGUCAGCUGUUCAGAGGAGCGAUGCACCAAGUGGUACAACCUGCUGAGUCGCCUUCACAUGUCUGAGAUCAGCAACAAGGACAAGGACACAGGAGAGGAUGUCAGCUCUGACAGGACUCACGAAGGGGGCCAGCCCGCUGACACUGAUGAGUGGCAAGGCGACCCUCUUGAGGGAGACGUGUCUGAUGAAGAGGAAGAAGAAAAUGAUGGGGAGGACGAAGAACCUCCAGAUGAGGAAGAAGAAUUUUACCCUGACAGCAGACAAUGGGAGGCAGAGAAAGAGGGAGCGGAAGAGGAGCAGGAGGUGACUAAACCCUCCACUACAGCAGCACGCAUCACAGAGAAGGUCAACAAAGAAACAAGCGUUGACAACUUGUCAGCGAAUCAUCACUUAGCUGUGGUUCGGCCAAAGGAGCGCCACCCCGAUAUCCACCAGCAGAACCCCUUCAUGAGGGGAAACACCAUCAUCCGCUCCAAGACCUUCUCCCCUGGACCUCAGAGCCAGUACAUCUGCAGGAUUAAUCGCAGCGACAGUGACAGCUCUACCCUCUCAAGGAAGUCCCCGUUUGUCAGAAAUGCCUCAGAAAGACGCAGCAUGCGCAUGAAAAAGCCUCCUAUGCAGGCGAAAGGUCUGGACGGUCUCCUUCGUACCUCUCUGGAUCUGGAGCUGGACCUGCAGGUUUCUCGGACCCGUCAGGCCCGUCUGGCUCAGGAGCUGCGGGUUCUGCGGGAGCUGAAGACGCAGCUGGAGGAGGCCAGGCAGCAGGGACAGAUGGAGCUCCCUGUCUGGGUCCAAGAGGACGAGCGCUUCAGGCUUCUCCUCAAACAGGCAGAGAAACAGACUCGAGAGGAGCAGCUACAAGAGAAACGGGUAGAGAAGAUGAUGAAGGCAGCAGUCAAGGACGUCCACAAGAUUAGAGCACAGAGCAGAAAGCAGGUCUCUGAGGUCCAGACCUUCAGAGAGAAAAUGGCAUUCUUCACACGAGCCAAGACCAGCAUCCCCGACCUACCGGCCGACGACGUGUAGAGAAGCAUUUCAAAGUAUUUUCCUCUCCUCCGUCUGGAUCAGCUACCAGGCAAACGUUCGCUGGUGUCUUGAAGAGUUAAAAACACACUGGACAAAACAAACCCAGUCGAAACGGUGAAGAAACAUUCUGAAGCAGCUCUACAUUUCUCAUGUGGACAGGCUUUGUAAAUCUAAGUUGGUUCAGCUGGAGCUUGUUUAUCUUUAUUUGCUGUUCCUGCUACUAAUCAACUGUUAUUAGUUGUUUUAAAGUCAUUCCAGCUAAAAAAAAAAAAAGAAUCUCAGAGUUUUAUACUAAUUUCACACAAAUAAUGUACAUAAGUAGCACAAAAUGAAACCAGCAACGGUACCAGAGUUCACUUGAUGCUAAUGGUGAAACAAAUCUGAAAGAAAUUAACCUUUUUCUGUAAUUAGAAAGUUGUAUAUGCAAAUACAAGCACAGUGUUUCUUUUUGUUUCGGUCACCUUUUUGCUGCAGACAUGAAGAAAACAUCUCUAUGUUAGCUACUGAGACUAAAAGCCUUCAGUUUGUUCAAAGUGCUGCAACUUUUUUUAAGCUUAAUGAGAAAUGUAUUGCGUAAAAAUCUUCCAAACUCUCCUCUCCCCAAAGAACGAAUCUAAGUCUGAAUUUCUGAAAGAAACAUACAAUCAGGGGAUCUUAAAAACAGGUUCACAACACUUUUAGUGGUUGGUUGGUCUUUGUGAGGGUGGCGGUGGUAUCUGGGACACCUAUUAGAGAGACGGGACACCUGAUUUACCACCUGAUUCACAGUGAAAAAGUUUUCUAGACGAGUUUUUCAAGAACAACUCAACUAUAAAAAAAAGCCCAACACAUCAGAUAAAUACAUAUUUUGUUUAAUCUAUAUUAUAGGUUAUUAUUAAAGUAGAGGCAGCAGAACCAUGCUUCUUAAGGAUCACGCUUUUGUGCCUUAAGUACAAUCUGCACCACCUUAAGUGAGCAGUUCUAUAAUGAAAUGGAUAAAAUAAGAUGAUCAGAUUUGUUUUCAUAUUUAUAUGGAGUUAAAAA